CUAUCCCAUGGAUAAGGAGUUUGGAAGGGUUUGAGAAAGACAAGAUAAUUGAAAACGCUAAUGGGAAUGCAAGAAGUUGUUGAAGAUGUUGUUGGAGGUGGUCAUCGACAACCUUUAGGAAAGGGCAAAAAUCUGGCAAUUUUAGUAGUGAUGAUUAGGAUGAUGGUGCUUGCUACAUUGUCCUUUCAGCAAGGUUGAAAGGGUUCUUAUAUACUAUGAAUGCAUACGCAUCAUUCACUACCGAUAGGGACAAGAUGAUUUACAUGGUGGAUGAUAUUGAUGGGUUAAUUACCGAUGCAAAUAGGAUUCUUCAAGAGAAGUAUAACGAUGUCAAUGAUCAGCCUAUUUAUUACAAGACACCAUCAGCUGAUGAUGGGGGUCUUGCAAAAAUUGCUUACAAGGAUCUUAUGACAGCAAAUGAAGAACUAAAGGACAUCUUUGACACAAGGAAGGAGUUGAAUACCGAGGUAUACAGUGAAGAACUUAUUGUAAACACUGUUCAAAUAUUCAGAUAUAUGCGUAGAAUUGGAUUAAGAGUUCUUAAAGAACUGCGUCAAUAUGUGAGGGAUGAUUCACCAAACGAUGGCAACAAGGACAAUGAAACAGCGACCAAGGACAUCGUCAGGGAGGGGCAGGGAUCUGGAAGCAUGAUUAAAUCAACUAUAACCGAUUGAUUUGCUGCUGAACGACCACUUCUAAUCUUGAUCAUGUCAUUUUCUGUCACUCUGUCAUUGUUUAUUUUUUGUGUGUUUUGCAUCCAAAACAAGAGCAUUGUCUUGACAUCUUCAAAUUUCUCAUGUCUUAUUUUAAAUUUUAAU